AUGAGAGUCAUCAUUGUCGGAGGAUCCAUCGCUGGUCUUUCUCUCGCCCACUGCUUGGAAAAGGCCAAUAUUGAUUUUGUCCUUUUGGAGAAAAAGAAGGAAAUUGCCCCUCAGGAAGGCGCAUCAAUUGGGAUCAUGCCCAAUGGAGGUCGGAUACUGGAACAGGUUGGGUUAUACAACCGAAUUGAGGAGCUGAUUGAGCCUUUGGUGAAGGCGCAUGUAACCUACCCCGACGGCUUUCACUUUACAAGUCGGUAUCCUGCACUUUUACAGCAGCGGUUUGGCUACCCACUUGCAUUCUUGGAUCGGCAGAAGCUGCUACAGAUCCUGGCGGCUGAACCAAUUCAAUCUAGCCGAGUGAAGCUAGAUCACAAGGUCGAGAGCAUAGAGACCUCUGUGGAUGGCGUCACAGUGACAACAAGCAACGGACACAUCUAUCAGGGCGAUCUUGUCGUGGGAGCAGAUGGAGUGCACAGUCGGGUACGAGCGGAGAUGUGGCGAUUGGCCAAUGCCUCGCAUGAGGAUAUCUUUAGGAGUGAAGACGAGGUGUUUACGAUCAAUUACGCCUGCAUCUUUGGAAUCUCGUCGCAAGUCGAUCAACUGGACGGCGGCGAGCAAAUAACCUGUUACAAUGACGGGUGGAGUAUUCUUAGUGUAAUUGGACAGAAUGGGCGGAUCUUUUGGUUCCUUUUUAUCAAGUUGGAAAAGGAAUACGUCUAUGAUGGAUCGCAUGAAAGCCUACCUCGCUUCAGCCGCGCAGACGCUCGAGCUCAUUGCGAGAGGCUGGCGCAGGAGCCGGUCUGGAAAGAGGUCAAAUUCGGCCAGAUAUGGGCUCGAUGCGAGGUAUUCCAAAUGACACCUUUGGAAGAGGGUCUACUCGGAAAAUGGCACUGGAAAAACAUUAUCUGCAUCGGAGACAGCAUGCACAAGUUCGCUCCCCACAUCGGGCAGGGUGCCAAUUGCGCUAUCGAGGAUGCAGCUCAGCUCAGCAACAGGCUGCACACAUGGUUGUACAGCCAUCAAAAGGACUAUCAGCCAACAACUGAUGAUCUGUCAAAGGUCCUGGCUAAAUUCGUCGAGGAUCGCCUCCGCCGGCUAGGGCCGACGGCCAUGGCUGCUCGGUCCGCCAUGCGUCUUCAUGCACGGGAAGGCCUGAUAAAUCGCAUCCGAGGACGCUAUCUAUUGCCCUACGCUGGUGAUAAGCCGGCCGACUGGGCCUCCCGAGGAAUUGCGGGUGGCAAUAUCUUGGAUUUUGUAAAGCCACCCGUUCGGUCUGGCCCUGGCUGGAUCCAGUUCAGCCAGUCGGGGAAGAGGGCUUCAUUUCCUCUAGCAGUGGCAGCUCUGUGCCUGGUGACUAUUGCGGCCCAACUACUGUAUUCAAGUUCGGUUGCGUAG